AAACAAACUAGGGAGGGAGGGAGUUCACUGUUCAGCUGAGGAAUUGAAACUCACAUGUAAACUGUCCAUGCAAAAAUACCCUUGCACUGGAUGGCUGGUAGCUGUACAGCUCUAAAUUCUUUGUGCUGAGAUUUUCCUCUGUCCAUAGCAGUAAACGUCGAUGUAUGUGUUUUAUCACCAGUGUGCAGAGAUGGACAUGGACCGUCAAAAGCGCCAGGAGGGUAUUCAGAACGCCCUGGGACUCAUACAGUCUUCUUUGCCUUAUCCAAAGCCUGAAGGCUAUAAGGGGUUUCUGACCCAGUUGGUGUGUGACCUGCUGGAUGAGGGAAAUGCAAUGUUCAGGGAGGGUGAGUGGCAGCAGGCCAUAAAGGACUUCAGUGAGGGUGUUAACGUGGCCCACUAUGCCCAGGCUGAGUCUCUAGAAAUUCCCUCAGCCCUGCUGGAGAGUCUGUAUUUCAACAGGGCAGCAGCCUACCACAGCAUGGGGGAGUAUGAGCAGGGUGUGCAGGACUGUGACAGUGCGCUGGCGCUGUGCAAAGACAGUUGCAGGGCACUCUACAGGAAGGCUCUAUGCCUGCGGGAGCUGGGCCGCUUCAGAGAGGCCUACAACUGCAGCACGGGCUGCCUGCUCACUACGCCUAACGACAAACAUGUGUAUGAGUUGGCGCAGGAGCUAGCUAACAAACUGGGCCUGAAGAUACGCAACGCCUACGUUAGCACACAGGAGUCGGCCACAUCUGAGCAAAGUAAUGGGAACACAGUUCCUUUUGCAGGAGAGAUGUAUAGCAGUGGUCUGGAUUCCUUAAGUGACAUUUCAUCAGUUGUUUUCUCCUGCAAGCCUCUAUCUGCUGCUAUCCCAGUUAGUGAUGAAUCCUCUCCCUCUGGUCCUCUGGUCUACUCCAACCUUCUGGGUAGCCCUGUCCAAGGCCCUCGGGGGUUGCCCUUCUCUGUGCCUGAGUCAGAGCACCUGGGUGACAGUGAGCUCAUGGGAGAUGAUCUAGACAGCCUGCUGGACUGUAUUCCCCCUCAACGUGCCUUUCCCAUCAUCCUCCCCAGCUCAGCUUGUGUCCCCAUCCAGCUCCCGUUUCCCUCAAGCCUGCCCGCACCCUCGCCCCGGCUCCCCCCAGCCUUCUUCAACUCCGCCAUCAGCCAGCUCAACUCUCUGGACACCUUCCCAGGCAUGGGUGGGGAGGAUGCCCUAGGUGUGCUGAACUCUUUAGAUGGCCUUGAUGCACUAGAUACUCUAGAUACUUUAAACAACCUGGACACCCUUUCAGACCUUGGUGGUGGGGAUGCCCCAGCUCCCACAACAGCACUCUAUUCACUUGAUGCCUUAGAUGCCCUGGACAGUUUCUACCCACUUGGGGAUGCAAUAGCAGCCAAACCAGUGGUGGUGGGGGGAGGGGGGCUGGACUCCCUCUCUAAGUUCAACCUGCCUGGUGCAAGAAUCUCCCACAAUGUUCUCUCUGCAACAUGUUCGCCCAAGAAGUCCAAACACACAGUGGUAAAGAAUGGCCAGGUCUCCUCCAAGCUCUCUCAGCUUAUCAAGAACCCCCUAGCAGCCACCCAUGACUUCAUGCAGGCCUGUGCCACGUGCUACAGCUGGAUAGGUCCAGGGGUCCUGGACUACCAGCACCAGGCAGAAUUGGCCCACCGUUGUAAGCGGGACGUUCUUCUGUGUAGGAUCAGGGCUGCAGAGCACCCUGUCUGGAACAGGGUGCGACCCCGCCCCACGCACAAUUUUACUGGGGCGUUUAUGCUCUGCAAGGAGGUGCUGGAGACUCAGAAGUGUAAGUACAGGGCGGGCUGUACGUUUGCCUACUGCCAGGAGGAAGUAGAUGUGUGGACCCUGGAGAGGAAGGGAGCCCUGAACAGAGACCUGCUGUUUGACUCACAGAGCCCCAACAAUGACAGGCCCACACUCGGCAUCAAAUGCCUACUGCAGCUCCACAACGGCAUGUUCAUGUACCUCUGUGAGGAGUGCUAUGACAGUAAGCCCAGGAUCAUCAGUAAGCACAGUAAGGAGGUGCCGUCCACCUGCUCCAACCCCUGCGCCCGACACCCAUUCGACAAAAACAAGUGCCUGGUGCAUGCGGUGAGGUCCAGCAACGUGCACUACACUAAGAUCCGCCCGCUGUAUACCCAGUGCCAGUUGGACGUGUGCCGCCAUGCCCGGCGCUAUGGCUGCCAGCAAGAGGACAGCUGCUCCUUUGCCCACUCUGUCAUAGAGCUCAAGUGCUGGAGGCUGCAGCAAGACUCUGGCAUCACUCAUGAAGAAAUUGUUCAGGAAUCCAAGCGACACUGGCAUAAAAAACAGGAGCAGAACACGCACAAACCCAAGCCGGUGUACAUGCCACCACCAUCUUCAUCCUCAAGUGGUGGAGGAGGCUAUAGCUUGAACCUGAAGAGGAAGUUUGUUUGUGGGCAGUGCUGGAGGGACGGGCUGGUCAGCGAGCCGGACAAAGCGCUUAAGUACUGUGCAGCCAAGGCCAGGCACAGUUGGACGAAGGAGCGUCGGGUGCUGUUGGUGAAGUUCUUCGAGGGAAAGAAGUGGGUGAUGGUGCGGACGUUGCCUUUUGCCAAGACCUACCCCCAGCAGUAUGACAUAUGUGCCCAUGUGGUGAAGCAGAAGAAGUGCCACUACAUUGGGAACUGUGCCUUUGCCCACAGUGAAGAGGAGAAGCAAGUAUGGACUUAUAUGAAGAACAAUGGCUUGAAGGAUAUGCAGCAGAUGUACGACAUGUGGCUUACAAAUCAAAACCGUCCGGCGGAUGACACCCUGAUCACCCAACACCUAGAGGAGAAGCAAAUUGUCAUGCCAACCGACUAUGCUGAGCCAAUGAGCGGCUUCCACUGUCGUCUGUGUGGGAGGCAUAGUAACAGUGAGCGCCAGUGGCAGCAGCACAUCUCCUCAGAGAAACACAAGGACCGUGUAUUCAGCUGCGAGGGAGAGGACGAGAGCCUCACCUGGACAUACCGCUUCCCCGGACUCCGCCUCGCCCUUUGUCCCAGGCUGGAGAGUGGCUGUCUCGAGGGGGUGAGCUGUGACUACGCCCACAGUGCUGAGGAGCUGGUGGAAUGGCAGGAGAGGCGGGAAUUCCUGCGGCGGAAGCUGGCCAAGGCCCGUGAAGACAUGCUCAUCAUGCCAGACGAGUUUGACUUUGGGAAGUACAACUUUCUCCUGCAGGACUGAAGCCCCUGUCCUCUAUGUGAGACACUUGUACCUGUAAACAGACAGCAGUCGUCUGUUUUGUUGAAAACCCUGGGGGGUAUUUUCUUCAUUAGUUCGGUAUUAGUUAACAGUUAAUACAGUUUAUACCUGUUUGAGCUGGUUAGGACUGCAAGUGCCUUAUUUGUCCAAUAUUUUCAAAAGGGCUUAACAAAUGAGAUCUUGGUGCCUAAUUUGAGUGGGGGGAAAAGUAAUUUAGCACUGCCAUUUAACAAAACAGUACCGAUCAAAUAUCUCCAUUACUAGUCUGUUUAGUCUAUGUAUGUCUUAUUGAGGGAUAUUAAGAAAUCAUUUAAGCUUGCGUUCUUAUUGGACUCUUUAUACAACCCUCAAACAUUUACAAAUGUUCUUCCAUCAAAUGAAAACCGAUUUGCUGGAAGGCACAAGUUAUUCACUUUCACUUUGUUAAUGUGUCUUAUGCCACUUAAAGCUGCAAUGUGUAACUUUUUCGGUGACCUGAGCAAAUUUACAUAGAAAUGUUAGUUAUAGAGCUGUCAUUCUCAUAGAACAGAUCAUUCAAUGUGCCCUAUUUCUAUGCUUAAUGUUCUUAAGUUUUGUUUUUGUACACCAGCUUCAAACAGCUGAAAAUACUAUAUUUUUGGUUAUUGGAAAGAUAUUUCACAAUUAAGAUGGUACAAUGAUUCUCUACAUUUGCUUGUUUUGUCACAAACUGAAAUUAGGCAAACUAUUUUAAUUUUAGCAACCAGGAAAUUGUGAGUGAUUUCUGUAUAUUGCAUCUUUAAAGAAUUUGCUGCUGCCAUUGUAGACAGACAAACAUUACAGAAUGUGAUCACAGUAAUACAGUGGUACUGCAGGAUGUUCAUGGAAAUAUUUCAAAACACAUUUUAUUUCAAUGUUUUAUUCAAUAUUGUGAGCAACAAGAUUAAAGUUUUUUUUUAAAUUGA